CAUUUGUGAGUUUUACUAGUUAAUAUAACCUACGCAGUUAUGAAUAAGGGAGCUUCAUCGUGGACACUUGAAUGACUGCUUACAGGAUACGACGAUGGACCUCCCACACGGCGGCUACCGAGCGACAAAGCCACGGGCUCGUGCACCACCCCCUUCUGGUGACCCUUUGCUGUUUGAGGACACCAGCUCAUCUGGACAACCCCUGGGACCCCAGGGCUACUAUAGCUCAGAAUACAAUAUGGGUGGAAUGACGAGCGGAGGAGGAGUGAACAACCUGUUCACGGACCCUAUGGCCAGUGCUGCUGUAAUGUACGGUUCGUCACUCGCAUCCCAAGGGAAAGACAUGGUCAACAAGGAGAUUACCCGGUUCAUGUCUGUGAACAAAUUGAAGUACUUCUUCGCCGUUGACACCAAAUACGUCAUGAAGAAGCUGCUGCUUCUCAUGUUUCCUUAUACCCAUCAGGACUGGGAGGUGCGUUACCACAGAGACAGUCCACUCACACCAAGGCAUGAUGUCAAUGCACCUGACCUCUACAUACCCACCAUGGCCUUCAUCACAUAUAUCCUGCUGGCAGGAAUGGCUUUAGGGAUACAGAAGAGGUUUAGCCCAGAAGUCCUCGGGUUGUGUGCUAGCACCGCUCUGGUCUGGGUUGUGAUUGAAGUCCUAGUUAUGCUGCUGGGUCUCUAUCUGCUCACUGUGCACUCUGACCUUUCAACUUUUGACCUUGUUGCCUACAGUGGAUACAAAUAUGUGGGGAUGAUUUUCACAGUGCUUUGUGGCCUCUUGUUCGGCAGUGAUGGGUAUUUUGUGGCUUUGGCCUGGUCCUCCUGUGCUCUCAUGUUUUUCAUUGUCCGCUCUCUUCGGAUGAAGAUCCUUUCUUCUCUCUCUUCAGACUCCAUGGGUGCUGGUGCUGCUGCUAAACCCCGCAUGCGACUGUACAUCACAGUAGCAACUGCUGCUUUUCAGCCACUCAUCAUUUAUUGGCUCACCUCCCACCUGGUCAGGUGACCUAGACAGCAGGACUGGGGAUUGUUGGGAAAUGGACUCAUCCAGUUAAAAACUUUAAUCCAUACAUUGACUCUCACUGCAUGAUUUAUUUAAAAACAUAGUCAUUGUGACCUGUCAAAUGGUGGUUCCAUCACAAAGGAAAAACUGCUUAUAGAGAUGGAGUUGUAAUUUAUUGUCCGGUGGAUUAAAGUUGUUUUUUGGUAAAGUCAUUUUGGUUUUAACAUGUUCCAAGACAGAAAUGUGCUGUUUCAGUGACACAUUCUUUUAUAAAUAUCCCAGUAGUUUGUUGGGGAAUGCUAAGAGAACACCUGGUUUUCCCCUCCUCUACUUAAAACCACAUGCAGGUGUUCACCAGACUAAAGAAACAGGUGGCCUGGGAGCAAUGAAGAUGGGUUAUGGUGAUCAUGUGAAGGGUUCCUCAGCAAAAGUUCCUUAAGGGAACCAGCUUGCAAAAUAUUUGAUUCUAUCCCUUUUCUGACAGUGUGUAUCUGGAUUACAAGAAAUGGCUCUUCUGACUGAAACAUGGUCCAGUCUUCAACACUCAAAUGGUGAAUGUUUUGCUGAAAGGAUGAUGGACCUUUUUUCCUCCAUCACUUGCCCAUUUAACCCCUCUCGUCCAUUUGUCAGCUCUUAAGCCUGAA